CUCCAACACUUCCCCCCUUAUCCAUCACAACCUCCAUCACAACACGCACCAUGUCCACGCGCAAGAGAAAGCAGGAGGCCGAGGCCGAGGAAGAGCUUCAAGCUCUUCCCAGCGACGAAAGUGACGAGGAAGAGGAGUACGAAGAGUCUGAGGGUUCCGAUUUCGAUGACGAAGAGGAUGACUCUGAAGUGGAAGCCCCUCCGCCCAAGAAGAAGACUCGCAUCUCCAAGAAGAAGGACGAGGACGAGGACGAGGAAGAAGAGGAAGAGGAGCCCGAACCGGAGGAGGAAGAAGAGGAUGAGCCUGAGCCUGAACCCGAGGAAGAGGACAGCGCCAAGGAAGACGCGAAUGGCUCUGUGAAGAAGGCUCCGGGAGCUGAGAAGGACCGGAAAGUCAAGACGACAAAAGCUGACGAGCCGGUCCCCGUCGUUGCCGCUGAAGAUGACGACGAGGAGUAAAACGGGCCGAAUGAGCCAUGCCCAUCCCGCUUCGGCAGCGUUUCGAGUCUUCCAAUAUGUUGGGGAGGAAGCGUUGGUUUGUAGGAUCCGCUCGUACACAAAUGCAACCCCUACAUCUCAUCAAUCCCUCUGAAGUCCAUUGCAUUUGGCUAACCCUCGUCGAACCGUAAAAACGCGCAUACAAAGGCUCCUGCGGGACAGAGCAGAAGCCGAAGGGCUUGA